UUAAAGAUGGCAGUACUGUGCCGCUCGUGUGCGAUCACAUCCAACGUGCCGCAUCUCAGAAACGAACGAAGCAAAUGAAAGGUUGAUUAUUACGUUGAGUAGACGAUCGCUAAUCAUAGAUUAUAAAAUUUUCUGGUAAUUAAACGACAAACAGAUAUGAAUUAACAUUCUGCGCGGACACUUAUCCUACCGGACGUAUUUUUUCGUUCCGUUUGAUCCACACUCACAUUACUAGGAAUGGAGUGUGGCACAGGAGAUGUAGCCCAAAUAUCAGCAGAGCUUGCUCGGGUGGUUGAGGUGAUGAUGUCACCAAACAUACCACAACAGCAACGGAUAGAAGUUUAUAAUGCUUGUGAACGAUUCAAAGAGUCUUCUCCACUUUGUGCACAAUGUGGUUUAUAUUUGGCCCAAAAAUCACCAAACAGAAGUCCUGUUGUACGUCAUUUUGGUUUACAAUUAAUGGAACAUUGUAUAAAAUAUCGAUGGACACAGAUUUCGCAAUCAGAAAAAAUCUUUAUUAAAGAAAAUGCAAUGAAAUUAUUACAAGAAGGUACAGAACCUUUAUUGCAAGAAGAAGCUCAUAUAAAAGAUGCUUUAUCUAGAGUUGUAGUUGAAAUGAUAAAACGUGAAUGGCCACAACAAUGGCCAACACUACUAUCAGAGCUUAGUCAAGCUUGCACUAGAGGAGAAAGCCAAACAGAAUUAGUUUUAUUAGUAUUCCUUAGAUUAGUAGAAGAUGUAGCACUGUUACAAACUUUGGAAUCUAAUCAAAGAAGAAAAGAUAUUUAUCAAGCAUUAAAUACAAAUAUGGCAGAAAUCUUUAGUUUCUUCUUGAGAUUAAUGGAACAGCAUUUCUCUGAAUUUCAAAAGAAAAGUGCCAUUGGACAUACAACAGAAGCUGCAGCACACAGCAAAGUUGUUCAAGUAGUUUUAAAUACAAUGACAGGAUUUGUUGAAUGGGUAUCUAUAAAUCACGUAAUGGCAGAAGAUGGAAGAUUAUUGCAGAUAUUAUGUCUGCUCUUAGGCGAUCCUAUAUUUCAGUGUUCUGCAGCUGAAUGUCUUCUACAAAUAGUAAAUCGAAAAGGCAAAGCUGAAGACAGGAAACAACUUAUGAUUUUGUUCUCAGAAGAGGCAUUAAGAUUUAUCUAUGCUGCAGCAACUGCACCAUCACCUAUCGCUGGUGUUGGUGAUUUUCAUGAUAAUCAUUAUUUAUUUCUAAAAAAAUUAACAUUAGUAUUAACUGGAAUGGCAACUCAAUUAUGUUCACUUUGGGGCAAAGAUGAUGCCUCUAGCAUUCGACCUACACAUUUUAAUCUCUUUCUGGAUACUGUCUUGACAUUCACAAUGUACUCUAGCCUAACAUUAACACAUUUAGCAAAUGCAAUAUGGGUCAUGUUAUUCAAGCAUGAACAAAUCAAAAGUGAUUCUCUGCUUUUGACUUAUGUUCCUAAAUAUGUGGAAAGUACUGCCCCAAAACUUAUAAAAAUAAUAUAUCCUCAAGGUAGACACACCAAUGGAACAUCUACCUACUGCCUUUCAGAUUAUGAUUCAGAAGAAGAAUUCAAUGUUUUCCUUCAUCGGUUUAGAACUGAUUUAUUAGAAGGAUUUAGAAAUGCUACAAUGGUAGCACCACUCGUAACUUUCACAUACGUACAGCAAUGGCUAACUGCAAAAAUAACCAAAGGCAUGGCAGAUUUGCAGUAUAAAAGUGAUCAAAACGAUCCUGAAUAUCUAGAAUGGGAGGCUCUUGCCCAAGCCUUGGACUCUGUUGUAUCUAGAAUUUUGUUAAUCAAUGAAAGACCCAGUGUACAGAAUGGAUUACAACUGUUAGAAUUGUGCCUUAGUUAUUCUCCACAAGAUCCUUGGUUGCUUUCAGCUUUAUUAUCAUGCAUUAGCGCAUUAUUUGUAUUUUUGUCAAUGUCCACUGGUUCUAUGGCUAUGCCAGGAGUGGCCAUCUUGCCAAGAGUUCUAGAAAAAAUAUUUGCAGCUUUGGUAUUUGAAGCUCCAGGUGAAACAAAAGUCACGCGAUCUAGAGCAGCCAAAAAUGUCAGACGUCAUGCAGCUAGCCUCAUGGUAAAAAUUAGUUUGAAGUAUCCAUUACUUCUUCUACCAGUUUUUGAACAAAUACACACUAUGGUUCGUGGUCUGAUUAGAGAACCAAGUCCUCUAUCCAGGAUGGAAAGCAUCAUGCUUUAUGAAGCUUUACUUUUAAUUUCAAAUCAUUUUUGUGAUUAUGAAAGGCAAACUAGAUUUGUCGCAGAAGUUAUUGGAGAAGGUGUUACAAGAUUUAUAAGAUUUGGAUCGGAAUCAUUUAAAGGACCUCUUGAAUUAAUAAGACUUAUAGGAUUAGAUAGGUCUCCAGUGGAAAAUGUAAUGGAUGAUCCAGCAGGACAAAAUCGAAUUGAUCUCAUGAUUUGCAUUUGUACUGUGUUAAGUGUAGUUAAAAGAUGUUCUAUUCCUGAGGAUCCAGAUCGUGCUGCAAGAGGUGGUUUUGUUGCUGCUCUCAGUGAAAGUGGAAAUCCAGUUUAUAGAAAUCCUGCUACACCACAUGUCAUUCCUGUCUUACCCACUCUCUUUGCUUUGCUUAGAACAAUGAAUGCUUUGUUCACACCAAAUGCCAUAUCAGCUUUGUCUGAGGGUUAUAAAAAUGCACAUGGACUUGUAGAAUCAGAAAAAGCAAAUCUUCUAGGAUUAAAUAUUACAAAUGAUAGCACUUCAGAACCAGAUCAAUCUUCUAGUACAGCCUUAAUUCGAAUGCAAUCAUUUCUCAGUACAAUUCAUGACCAUUGUUAUCAUAUGUUGGGAAGUGGUUGCCAUACAAUUGGCAGAGAUUUUUACCAGUUAUCAGGUCUUGCACCAGCAUUAGUAAAUUCGGUUUUUUCUAAUAUGGAACUGAUUCCAGAUUACCGAUUACGACCAAUAAUUCGCGUGUUUUUGAAACCAUUCAUAUAUUCGUGUCCUCCAGCUUUCUAUGAGACUGUACUUGUACCUGUAUUAGCUCAUGUAUCUACGCACAUGUGCCAAAGAUUGAGUGCCAAAUGGCAAUACAUCGCACAUUUAUAUGAAUCUGGAAAUUUAGACGAAGAGAACACUGAUACGCAAGAAGUUAUAGAUGACAUGUUGAAUAGAAAUUUGACAAGAGAUUUUAUAGAUGUUUUGAAAGUAGCCUUAGUCGGCGGAGCAGCUAGUGAUGCUGCACCUCCAGAUAUUAUGGAUCAAGAUAGCGGGGGUAUGGCGGUGGAUCCACCAGUUUCGCGUGGUAAUAGUAUAGUCGCAGAAGUUGUCAGCGAACUUGGCGCUUUUGUCUUGAGACAUCCAUCCACGUGUCAUAGUGUCGUUUUAUGUGUUUUAGGGGCUUUGUCAUGGAACGAUUCUAAUGCCAGUCUUAAAGCUACUAUGUUAACAAGUCCUAUCGUUCGAGCACUUGCUGCUGAUGGCAGUCUGACUCCUGCUAUGGCUGCUCAUAUUAUGGUUGCAGUUCUUCAAGGAUUACAGCUUCAUGGUCAACAUGAAGCAAAUCAGGGCUCUUUGAUAACUUUAGGUGCACAAGUUUAUGAAUGUUUAAGACCGAAAUUUCCCAAUAUUAUUGAGGUAAUGCAACAAAUACCUGGAGUUAAUCCUGCAGAUUUACAACGAUUUGAUGAAAAAAUGGCAAUAGUUAGUACAAAGGGUAAUAAAGUUGAAAAAGGAAAAAAAGAUCUUUUUAAGAAGAUUACAAAUCAGCUUAUUGGCAGAAGUGUCGGACAAUUAUUUCGUAAAGAAGUAAAAAUCGAUAAUUUACCAAGAAUAGAAAUUUCUGGAAAACCCCAAGCAGUGAGAGUAGAUGAAAUAUCCAAAAGUGCAGCUGAUACCGGUAUCACAGCUCUGUUUGCAGGGCCUACGUAGCAGAGUCACAUUGAUUAUGCCUUACAUAGUUGGUCUAAUUCAAUAAAUAAUUAUAAGUUAUCGUAAAAAAAGGGCUUCUGCAGGAAAGGGCCAUAAAAGAAACAUAAAGAGGAUGCUCGUUAUCAAACAGAAAUGCAAUCCUGUUAGAAAUAUAUUUACAAGACUAAGCUGACAGACCAUUUGUCAAAACAGACAUUAAAUUUCAGUAGGCGAAUAUUUGUAAAAAGUUGUUUAUAAUACAUUGCAUAUUCAUCAUGAAAGUUGAAUUUAAAAAUUUCAAACAGAUGGAGAUGCAGUAUGUCGACUUCCUAGGCGUAAUUAUUAAUUCUAUAAAAUGUAUCACAAUUUUUAUAUUAAGGCUGUGCUUAAAUUCAAGUGUACAUAAUAAACAUAAGUAUAUGAUAAUGUUUUAUUUUACCAUACGUACUCACAUAUGUGUGUACUUAUUUACAUUGUACUUAAAUUGUAGCACAGCUGAGUACUUUGUACUCUAAUAUCCUGAUUUCGUUUUGUUGUUGUCUUAUUUAUUUUAAGACAUCUCCAUAUUGAAAUAUAUAAUUCAUAUUAUUGCACUUUUAUACUCAUAUUAGUUAAUACAUUAUUGGUAUAUAUUAAUAUUAUGUGCAAGAGGAAAUGAAAAAUAUCAAGUGAAGAAAUAUAAUACAUAGAGAAGUAUGUUUUUUUGUGAUUUAUCACGUUAUUUCAAUUUAAUGUGUUCACUUAUAGCAUGCAUUUUUAUGAAAAAUUAAUAGCAAGUAAUGUUUUAAUGAGAAUGAAUGUCUAUUAUGAAAGUUCUAUAAGAUUUGGCUAUCAAUUAAAAUAAUAAGUUCUAUAUAUAUUUUAUAAAUAUGAAGAUAUUGCACAAAGGAAAGGGGUAUUUUGCAAAUCUUAUCAUUUUUUUUGUCGUAUAUAUAAAUUUUCAUGUGCCUAAAUGAGGAGUCUUAAGGAAUUUUUAUAUUUUGUAAACAUAAUGUGCGUAUUAUUAUAUUAAUAUAUUAUAUUUUCCAUUAUUUUUUUGAUGGAUAAAUGUUUACCAUUGUUUUCUUAUACAACAGGCAAGAACAGAAAAUUCUAUUGAAUCAUAAUUUUAUAAUGUUACUCUUAUCAUUUUUUUACUGCAAUUUUGUGAGAAUUCAUACGUUAUAUAAUAAUGUUUUUUAUUUUCGUAAUAUAGAUAUAUAUAUAUAUAUAUUACAAAUAUAUAUUAUAUGUCUAAAUAAUUUCACUAUAUUGCGAGUUUUAUAUUGAUAAUAGAUGACAGACUAGAGAUUAUAAUACAAAAAUUAUAUAAUAUAGCAAAUUCUCAUAUUUUUCAUUCUUCUUUUUAAUUUUGAGCUCCGACAACAUAGCAUACAAAUUUAAUUGCUUGUGUUAAGAAAAUAUUUUAACAGAAAACUUGUACAUUAGUCUUACUAAAUUUAGAAGAAGCAUGUAAAGUUGUGCAAUAUAUUUACAUACUUCUUCAUUUAUUACAUGUAUACUAAUAGAAUAUAACGUACAAUAUUUCUAAAUGAUAUUAUAAUUUGCGAUCACAUAAAUUUUAUAACAAAAAAUAUUGCAUAUGAAUCUAUCUUCUCUCAUCACCUUUAUUUUUCGCACAUAUUCAUUUAACUGUUUUUCUCGAAGAUGUUCCUGCAAAAAUGACUUCAAAAGUACCUAAAUGUGUGUGUGUGUCUGCUUUACAGACAAAUUAAAACAAAAAACGGAUUUUUGCAAAACUGAUGUGUAAUAUUUAUAAGAUGUAUGAAAAAAUAGAAGAUUUAGUACUUUUUGUACUUUAUAUGUAAUCAGAAAUUACAAUUUAUAUAUACAUAUAUACAAAUGAUGCAAUUACUGUUUGUAUAAAGAGCAUUCUUUAUAAUUUGUUAAAAAACAUUAACUGUGUAUAAAAACAUUGGAAAUAUUUAUCAAAUCUAUAAAUUGUCUGUCAUAUUAAAUAUACUUGAAAUUUUCAUCUUAUAAGCAGCGAUUAUGUGCAUAAUAUAAUACAACUCGUUAUGUAUUGACAAGCUUCACGAGAUAGUAAGGAUUAAUAUCGCAACAAAGUAUAAACAUAUAUAAUUUACUUUGUUUUUUAUUUUCUAUUAAUGCUAAUUUGUACGAAAAUAUUUCUCAAUGAUCAGUAUAAUGUGCAUCUAUUCAUUUUUAAUGCAAAUUGUGCUUUGAUCUAAACGAAGUAAAUUAUAAUUAAUUGUCUUCAGAAUCAUAACAGUGUUGUGUUACCUUACAACAUAUUCUUUAUUACUUUUUUUUUGCACAUACAGUAACUUUCUGUACAUUUAUGUAACAUUUCUUGUUCAACAUCAUUUAGUAUGAUGUAUUUGUAUUCGUAAUUGGUAAUAUACCAUAUACAUAUAUGUAUUGCAUUCCUCGUCAAGUAAAGAGUCGGAGUAAUCUGUGAAUGAUUUUAUGUUAGUAAAAACAUUCAUCACACACAAAUCAUCACAAUAUUUGGAUUAUAUAAUGCCAUUAAUAUAUUAAUAAUCAAUUCAGUUAUUUGCAGAAUGAAAUUAAUGGAAUAUUGUUAAGUUUUUGUUAAGCUGACUCUUUCGUGCAUUUUUUUACAUCAGUUUAAAAUUAUGCUCAUCUUGUAUAUAUUGUACUGUAAUAAAGAAAUUACAUCGACAAUAACAA